AUGGAACCCCAGAAGGUGGCGCCUGGGGAACAAAACUGGGGCCCUCGAGUGGCCACAGGUUCAGGGUCAGCUGCGGAGCUCGUAUACCAUCUAGCGGGGGCCCUGGGCACUGAGCUUCAAGAGCUGGCACGCCGCUACGGGCCGGAGGCAGCAACCGGGUUGGUGCCGCUUGUGGUGCGGGCGCUGGAGCUUCUGGAAAAGGCUGCGGUGGGACCUACCCCAGACUCGCUGCAGGUCUCGGCGCAGCAGGCUGAACUGGAGCUGCGGCGGCUGAGGGAGGAAAACGAGCGCCUGCUCAGGGAGUUGCGCGCUGGGCCACAGGAGGAACGUGCUCUGCUGCGGCAGCUCAAAGAGGUGACCGACAGACAGCGAGACGAACUUCGGGCGCACAAUCAUGACUUGCUACAGCGCAGCCAGGAGACCGAGGCGUUGCAGGAACAGCUGCACCGCCUCCUACUGGUGAACGCCGAGCUGCGCCAGAAACUGGCUGCUGUGCAAACCCAGCUGCGUGCAGUGCGAGACCGUGAGCAGGAGAGGGAGCUGCAGCGUGAAGAGUCCCGCAGGCUGGCACAAGAGCAGGCGCGGGACCAGGCCCAGGAGCCCGCGUGCAAGCAGAGGCAGGGGCCCGAGCAGGCGACCAGCAGCACAGGAGCCCCAGGGACUCAUGAGGACUCUACUGAAGUCCCACAUCCGCCAGGGCGCCCCCUGGAGGCCGGCCAGUGCGGGUUUAGUAGAGAGGAGCUUGAACAGAUCCUUCAGGAGCGGAAUGAGCUCAAAGCCAAGGUGUUCCUGCUGAAGGAGGAGUUGGCCUACUUUCAGCGUGAGCUGCUCACAGACCACCGGGUGCCUGGACUUCUGCUGGAAGCCAUGAAGGUGGCUGUCCGGAAGCAGCGGAAAAAGAUCAAGGCGAAGAUGUUAGGGACCCCAGAGGAAGUAGAGAGCAGCGACGAUGAGGAUGCCUCCUGGGUCCUGCUUCCCAGCGAUAAGGGACACCAGCCUCCACUCCCCGAGUCCAGAAUACAGAGUUUCUUUGGCCUAUGGUAUCGGGGUGAAGCAGAGUCCCCUGAAGUUGGAACCAGCAGCUCUACUCCCAGCAAGCAAUGGGGAGAAGAGGAAGCCCCAUUGCAAACUCAGCUGGAGCCUGUGGCCAGCCCUACAUCUUCUAGUUCAUGA